AGAAUAGAGAGUGGAUAGUGUUGAAAUAAGAGCAAACCGUGGAUGGAUACACAGUGUUUCUAUCAAAGGACAAAAAACAAAGAAGUUUUGACCAGUUUCCCCAAGUGUUUGCCUUGACGCUUGGAGAACAGAACAAGAAUCUCUGUUUCAACAAGGAUUUAGUGCAGAUGAUGGAGUUGUAUGUGUUGGUGUUGAUGUUAAGCUUGCCCACCUUGAUUCAGGCAGACUGCACAGCGCAAUGCCUGCGAUGCGCGCAACAGAUCUCCGACCUGGACCCUGCAGUCAAUCGCUUGACGUGCACCUUAGAGUGUGAAGGAGCCGUUUCAUCCUCCAGUACACUCGACAGAUGCGAGAAGAUUUUACAGAAGCUCUCAGAUGAAUUCUCGGACCUCAGUCUAGAAGCAGACGGAGAACGAAGCGCGGAGGAGCCCGCGGCAUCCAAUCUGGUCAAACGAUACGGAGGAUUCAUUAAGCGGAUCGAUAAGAAUAAAAAUAAAUUAUUCGCCUCGCCAUGGAAAGAAAACGCCGUGUUGAAAGGACUGUUCGCGAAGAAAUACGGAGAAUCCCUCUCGAAAUUAGGAGAACGCGACGUCCCGUCGAUCACUGAAGACGAGGAGGGAGAAGAUAUCGCGUCGGAAAACGAAACGGGACUUUACGAUAACGACCUCCCUUUAAACGAAGUUAAACGCUACGGGGGGUUUCUUCGUAAAUUUGGCCCGAAAAGAAGCGCGCCGAUGGACGACGCGACCCGACAGGUGCUGCAGAAACGAUACGGCGGUUUUAUGCGAAGAAUCCGCCCGAAGUUGAGGUGGGACAACCAGAAGCGAUACGGCGGAUUUUUACGUCGUCAUUUUAAAAUAUCUGUGCGUUCCGACGAAGAGCCCUCAUCGUACGAGGACUACGGUUUAUAGGGCUGUUUCGUCGAAAAUAUUUCUAUUUGAACUCAUUUCAAUGCAUUCUAGUUUUUUAUUUAUCUCAUAUGUAUCGAGUAGCCUACGUCGUACUCACUCAAACUGGCUGCUGCUGACUUCCGGAAGCCGCAGCUGUCAAUCAUCUUGUCAAUCACUCACUGAUGACGUCUCACUGACCGCAACCACUUAUUGUUUCCCGUUAACGAUUGUACGCAAACAAUAUAUAUAUUGCAGACAAUGCUUGAUCAAAAUGACAAAUAAAGGGCAAGAACUUUACCUGCUAAA